AUGCAGUGUCACGAAAUGAGAUAUCCCGACAUACCAUUAUUAACUUCCAAAAGUGAUUCAAAAACAUUAAAAAUGGAAAAGGAAGUUAUUCAUUCAGGUCAUUUUAUGGUAUCGCACUUUGAAGCAGAAGCUCAAGAUGAUGAAUAUGAAGUCGCGGUACCAGUUCCUGAAAUGAGAUAUAUGGAUUCAAAUACUCCACAAAAUAAUGAUUUACAAGUUUUUAACGUAAAUAAACCUCACAUUACAACUUCCUCGGGUCAACUUGCUAUUGAAACAUCCCUUACAAAGUUGUUUCAGUGUAUGUCCUUGGCUUACAGGCAGAAGCUCACCUCACCAAAAUGGAAUCGAUUUAAGGGUAUUAGACUCAGAUGGAAAGAUAAAAUAAGAUUAAAUAAUGUUAUUUGGAGAUGUUGGCACAUGCAGUUUAUAAAAAAAGAAAACACUCUUAUUUGUCAAUUUGCAUCACCUCUGGAUGAAAGUACACACAAUAAACCUGAGGCCGUAGUUUUAGAAGGAAAAUAUUGGAAACGAAAAUUAGCUGCUGUAACGGCCGAAUAUAAAAGAUGGCGAAUGUUUUAUCGAAACAAAAUCAUGGGAUGGGCCAUCAAAGAUGUUUCUAUAUCCGAUAUGGAUAUGUUCGAUUGGCAAAGUCAGAGUACCGACAGCAGUCAAUUUGGGCCUAUGAUGGUGGACGAAGAUUAUAUGGAAUUGAUGAGUGAUACUCUUUUUUCUACAAUUUCUUCUAUUCAGCCUUUUGCUUUUCCUGAUACUAGAGAAAUAGCCAAAGGUACAAAUAUAGCCGAUUUUAUUCAACCCAGUCUUGUUCAACUUCAACCAAAUUUAGAUGAUUUUAUGGACGCGUUGGAACCUUUCCAAGAAGUAUUUUCAUCGAAAUUAGCUCCCGUUCCUGAGGACUGCGCCGUUUCCGAAUUAACUUUUAGAUCAACACAACCCUUUCCAGAUCUAACUUUGGAAACUCAAACUUCUGGUUUACCCGUGGUAGAAACAGAAGCUUCGACAUCUACUCAAUCGGAUUUUCAAACUGUCGUUCAUUAUAAUGAAACCCUAUCAUCAGAAGGAGAACCUAGUGAAGCCAAGCCUACUGAUGGCUUCUUCGAAGAUAAAAUUAGAUCUCCUCAGUUAACAUAUCAAACCGAUUUGACCAAUCCUACUUCCGCUCAAUCGUAUGUCAAUGCAGAAAAUGUCCACCCGACUUCUUCCAAAGUUAAUGCUCAACCCAUUACCGUUAGACCUUAUAAAUACGAUGCAGAAAGUUCUCAGCAAGAAAGUUCAUUUACAAAUAAUAAAGUUCAACAGCAGCCAUUUAAAAUGCCGAUUGGAAAUUCCAAGACUACUUUUAAACAAACUCAAUAUCAAAAAAUUUCUCCAGCUUGUUCGUUAUCUAACCAAUAUAAUCGAAUUCAACAGGAUUACGAUUUGGCCGUAACUCCUCAAGAAUCCCUACUUCCCGAAAUGUCUGUUGCAUUGAAAAUGAUGAAGGAUCCAGUGAGAUCGACUAGUCUACCCGUGAUGAAUAAACCAGAAACGUUUGCAGUACCAAAGGAUAAACCGCAGCCCACGACUCUAAACAGUCGCCAACGAACGAAAAGUGGAUCUUCUUUACUUAUGAUUAAAUCUAAGCCUUCGCCAUUGUCGACAGCCAACAGUGAUUCAGCUUUAAAUAUUUCAAAUGCAUUAUUAGCGCAGCUUCUUACUUCUAAUAGUUCUGUCUACAAUUUAACAAACGUAUCGGAUAGGACUCAACCUGUCGUUAAAAGUACAAAUAUACCAAUAAUGCCUUCUCCGUGUAAAGGAUUACAACAAAAACUGUUACCCUUACCCCAUUCUAAUACUCUACUCGUAACAAAUUCUUCAACUUUGCAGAAUUACAUUAGUGCUAUUAGACCUUCAUCUAGUCCAGAAAAUAAGAGUGAUUGCAUUACAGUACAAAAUCAAACUUCACAAAAUAAUUUAAGUGGGUCAUCAUCGGAAACAUUAUCGCCUACAUCGCCGAAUAAAACGGACAAUUCGCAAAAUUCUGCUGCCAGCGGUUCUAAUGUAAAUUUUAAAAAUGAUUUUAAUAAGGUGCGAUAUGAGGUUAUAGUAAUUAAAAAACAAUUUAAUCGUAUUUUACAGGAAUAUCGUCGGGUUUGCCACAUAAAUGCGGAACAAAAAAGAAGAUAUAAUAUAAAAAAUGGUUUUGAUGUUUUACACUCUUUAAUACCUUACCUCACUCUUAAUCCAAACGUAAAACUCAGCAAAGCGACGAUGCUACAGAAAGGAGCCGAAUACAUACGUCAACUUCAGGCAGAAAGAUUGAAAGUUCAAGAAGAUAUGGAAGCACUCAAAUAUCAAAUAGAUAGUCUGAGCACAUCUAUAAGUAACUGUCAGUCCCUCCUGCCUGCGACGGGAGCUCCCGUUUCCCGUCAUAGAAUAACAAAAAUGAAAGAAAUGUUUGAUGAUUUUGUCAGAGUUAGAACUCUUGAGGAUUGGAAGUUUUGGAUUUUUAGUUUGUUAUUCGAACCGUUGUUGCAAUCUUUUAGUUGUUCAGUGUCAACAGCAAGCUACGAAGAUCUUUAUCGUUCCACGUUAAUUUGGGUCGAACAACAUUGUUCUUUAGUCGAACUGAGACCUGUGGUUUUAAACUCGUUAAGAAAUCUCUGCACGGCCACAGAAAUUUUAUCAAAUCCAUCGAAAUUGCCGGAAGAAGCCAAGUCAGCAGUUACCAAGAAAAAGAGUUAA